AGUUCGUUUCUUGGUUCGUUUCGGCCAAGUACAGCCCACUACACCGUCCACACUCCACAGCCCACGCAAGCAUUGACCAUUGAGACACAGACAGAGCAGCUGAGCACCGCACACACGGACGCCAUACCCUAGAUUGGAGCGCACCACGGGCGCCGGCGGCCGGCGGCCCGCCACCGGUGAUUGACGCCCCCUCCUCGGUCCCCAGCGCGGCGAGCAGGCUGCGAGUGGCCUGCUCCCUGCGAGUGACCUGCAGGCUGCGAGUGUUGUGCUCAUGUGCUGUGUUGGUUGUUGCUCACUCGCUCGUGUGCUCAUGUGCUGUAGUGCUCCUUUCUGUUCGUGGUUGCUCAUGUGCUCAUAGCGAGUGGCCUUCUCCCUCCUUCCUGUUCGUUGUUGCUCAUGUGCUGUAGUGCUGUGCUCAUGUGCUGUAGAGGCCGAUUAAUCGGGCUAGUCGUCGAUUAAUCGUGAUUAGUCGGCUGAUCGCCCAUCUGACGAUCAGAAACGAUUAGACGAUCUGAAAACAUGGCUUUGAACUAAUAAAACACCGUUAACUUAUGUUUUCAGUGUUCUAAGGAUUGAGCAAACUGGUAAUUUAUCAUUGCUAUGGUCUUUUAGGCUAUUUGAGGAGAUGCCGUCAUUGUCAUCCUUACUCUCUGGCUCCAAUACUGCGAGUGCUGAGCUUCCUCUAAUCCCUUGCAAGCUCUGCAAUGGGGUGGUGAUUGAGCGGGUCUCCAAACAACCAGAAACCACGUCGAGGAAGUUCUACCGGUGCAGAGCCAAGAAAACGGAUGGGUCUUAAUGUGAUUUUUUCCACUGGCAAGCGAGCUAUGUUGUUUUGUUAAUCGAGGAUGGGUUUGUCAGUGGUGAUCGACGCCUUGAGUUGUUAAUGAUCGCACUUAAUGAUCAUGGCAAAGCCGUUGAAUCUCUAACCAAUUCCAUCAGAGAGAUGAAGAAAAAGCUGUCCAACCUGGAGUUAGUGAUGGAAGAGCUGGAUAACGUGAAAAAUUUGAUGAAGGCAGCCAUGGUUGAAAUUGAGGAAAACAAGAAAUCGACAGCUGCUGCAUUGAAACUGAUGGAGAAUGAGCUGCAAAAGCUGAAAGGGUCAACUAAAGUGAAACCUAGGAAUAUGGCACAGUGUUUUCUGCUUUUGGCAUUGAUUGGGUGGUUUGUGGUGGGACAGAUGAAUUGGGGGGAGGAAGCAUCCAGCCGAUUUCUGCUGAGAGGCUAAUGAACAUAGGAUGGACUUUUCAAUAGCUAGAUGUAAUCAGAACUGGUUUAUAUUUUCUCUGCUAACAUGGCGUAGUAGCCAGGACACUUUGCUUGUCGAUUAUUAUUUUUAGCAAGAUGUUGGUGUGAAGUUGGAAAGGCUUCCCACGGUCCGAAGCCCGUGUCACUUUCCAGAGUCUACAGUGUUGCGUUCUGAAUGCUAGUGUUAUGUUCCAUGUCCCGUGUCACUUUCUGGAGUCUACCGUGGUGCUCCUGCUAAGUGUUGAGUCGGAUGUUGAUUUUGGGAGGACCCACGGGCGAAGGGCGUGUCACUUUCAUGAGGUAUAGUGUUGGGUUCCUUCUCAGUGUAGCGUUCCUUCAAGGUGUUGAGUUUUAGGGUCCCAUGUUGAUUUUUGGGAGGACCCACGGUCCGAAGCCCGUGUCACUUUCCGGAGUCCACAGUGUUGCGCUCUGAAUGCUAGUGUUAGGUUCCAUGUCCCGUGUCACUUUCUGGAGUCUACUGUGGGGCUACUGCUAAGUGUUGAGUCAGAUUGGCGGAUGUUGAUUUUGGGAGGACCCACUGGCGAACCCCGUGUCACUUUCAUAAGUUCAUAGUGUUGAGUUCUGGAAGGUAGUGUUACGUUCCAUGUCCCGUGUCACUUCUAGGAGUCUACAGUGUUGCGUUCCUGAUCAGUGUUGAGCUCUAAACGAUGGUGUUGCGUUGCUGAUCAGUAUUGAGUUGGGCGCAUGUUGAUUUUGGGAGGACCCACGGGCCAACGACGUGUCACUUUCAUGAGUUAUAAGUGUCGGGUUCCAGGUCAGUGUUGGGUUCUGAACGAUGGUGUUGCGUUCCUCCAAGGUGUUGAGUUUCAGGGGCCCAUGUUGAUUUUUGAAGGACCCACGGGCCGAACCCCGUGUCACUUUCAUGAGGUAUAGUGUUGGGUUCCUUAUCAGAGUUGCGUUCGGAUAUAUAGAGUUGUGUUCCUCCAAUCUGUGCUGGGUUUCAGGGUUCCAUGUUGAUUUUUGGGAGGACCCGCGGUCGGAAGCCCGUGUCACUUUCCGGAGUCUACAGCGUUGCGUUCUGAAUGCUAGUGUUAUGUUCCAUGUCCCGUGUCACUUUCUGGAGUCUACCGUGGCGCUCCUGCUAAGUGUUGAGUCGGAUGGGCGGAUGUUGAUUUUGGGAGGACCCACGGGUGAAGGGUGUGUCCCUUUCAUGCGGUAUAGUGUUGGGUUCCUUAUCAGUGUUGCGUUCCUUCAAGGCGUUGAGUUUCAGGGUCCCAUGUUGAUUUUUGGGAGGACCCACGGUCCGAAGCCCGUGUCACUUUCCGGUGUCUACAGUGUUGCGCUCUGAAUGCUUGUGUUAGGUUCCAUGUCCCAUGUCACUUUCUGGAGUCUACCGUGGGGCUCCUGCUAAGUGUUGAUUCGGAUGGGCGGAUGUUGAUUUUGGGAUAGGACUGGGCGUUCGGGUUACCCGAUUAGUUCGGGUCGGGUAGUUCGGGUUUUGAUAAAUUCGGGUAAUAGAAACUAAUACCCGAUCACAGCUUUAAAAACCCGCGACCCGUAAUUUCGGGUACCCGUAAUUUCGGGUUCGGGUUUGGGUAUACCCAAUUUACCCGAAAUAUAUAAAGCACAUGCGAGGGCGCGUUUGGCUGGUGGCGCGGCGGCUUGACAGCGAGGCUGCGUACGCGUGUGGCCGCCUGGCCGCUAGGUAGUGCAGCGGCUUGCCGGCGAGGGCGCUGUCCGCUGUCUGCGCUUGGUCGCCUGGCCGGUGGCGCGACGGCUUGCCGGUGAGGCAGCCUGUUCGCUGUACGCCUGUCCGCUGUCUGCGCGUGGCCGCCUGUCCGCCUGGCCGGUGGCCGCCUGUCCGCUGUACGGCUGUACGCGCUUCGGCGCUUGGCUGCCUGGCGCCUGGUGUGUGGUUGCUAGUUACCGUUGUGCCUUGUUGUGAGUUGCUGUUGCCGCCAUGCCUUGCUGUUGCCGGAGAACAAAGAUCUGAAGUGCUCCUUGCUCUGGAGUACUAGCCUUGAAGUUGCAGGUGGCGAUAGCCGAUGGGGAUUGGGGGACGUCGUAGCCAACGCUGGACAAGGCAGCGGCUGUGGGGCUAGCGUUGUGCCUGGACGAUGUUGGUUAUUUCGGGUCGAAUGGGUACUUCGGGUACCGCGGGUUAAUACCCGAUUAGGCCCGAACUUAGUUCGGGUAUUUAGUUUCGUUACCCGCUAGAGCUGUUCGGGUAACGGGCUUCGGGCUAAACGGGUACGGGUUCGGGUAUUUCGGGUAUAGGGCUUCGGGCUCGGGUUUUAUGCCCAGAUCUAUUUUGGGAUGACCCACGGGCGAACCCCCGUGUCACUUUCAUGAGUUCACAGUGUUGAGUUCUGAAGGUAGUGUUACGUUCCAUGUCCCGUGUCACUUUCAGGAGUCUACAGCGUUGCGUUCCUGAUCAGUGUUGAGCUCUAAACGAUGGUGUUGCAUUGCUGAUCAGUAUUGAGUUGGGCGCAUGUUGAUUUUGGGAGGACCCACGGGCGAACGAUGUGUCACUUUCAUGAGUUAGUGUCGGGUUCCAGGUUGAGUUUCGGGGGGCCAUGUUGAUUUUUUGAAGGACUCACGGGCCGAACCUCGUGUCACUUUCAUUAGGUAUAGUGUUGGGUUCCUUCUCAAUGUGGCGUUCGGAACUAUGGUGUUGCGUUCCUCCAAUCUGUUGGGUUUCAGGGUCCCAUGUUGAUUUUUGGGAGGACCCGCGGUCCGAAGCCCGUGUAACUUUCCGGAGUCUACAGUGUUGCAUUCUGAAAAGCAGUGUUAGGUUCCAUGUACAGUGUUGGAGUCUACCAUGGGGCUCCUGCUAAGUGUUGAGUCAGAUGGGCAGAUGUUGGUUUUGGGAGGACCCACGGGCGAAGGGCGUGUCACUUUCAUGCGGUAUAGUGUUGCGUUCCUCCAAUCUGUUGGGUUUCAGGGUCCCAUGUUGAUUUUUGGGAGGACCCGCGGUCCGUAGUCCGUGUCACUUUCCGGAGUCUACAGUGUUGCGUUCUGAAUGCUAGUGUUAUGUUCCAUAACCCGUGUCACUUUCUGGAGUCUACCGUGGGGCCCUUCUAAGUGUUGAGUCGGAUGGGGGGAUGUUGGUUUUCGGAGGACCCACGGGCGAAGGGCGUGUCACUUUCAUGCGGUAUAGUGUUGUGUUCCUUCAUCUGUUGCGUUUCAGGGUUCCAUGUUGAUUUUUUGGAGGACCCGUGGUCCGUAGUCCGUGUCACUUUCCGGAGUCUACAGUGUUGCGUUCUGAAUGCUAGUGUUAUGUUCCAUAACCCGUGUCACUUUCUGGAGUCUACCGUGGGGCUCCUUCUAAGUGUUGAGUCGGAUGGGCGGAUGUUGGUUUUGGGAGGACCCACGGGCGAACGACGUGUCACUUUCAUGAGUUCGUAGUGUUGAGUUCCAUAUCCCGUGUCACUUUCAGGAGUAUAUAGUGUUGCGUUCCUGAUCCAUGUUGAGUUCUAAACGAUGGUGUGGCGUUCCUAAUCAGUAUUGAGUUGGGCGCAUGUUGAUUUUGGGAGGACCCACGGGCGAACGACGUGUCACUUUCAUGAGUUAUAGUGUUGAUUUUUGAAGGACCCACGAGCCGAACCCCGUGUCACUUUCAUGAGGUAUAGUGUUGGGUUCGUGCUCAGUGUGGCGUUCGACACUAUGGUGUUGCGUUCCUCCAAUCUGUUGGGUUUCAGGGUCCCAUGUUGAUUUUUGGCAGGACCCGCAGUCUGAAGCCCGUGUCACUUUCCGGAGUCUACAGUGUUGCGUUCUGAAUACUAGUGUUAUGUUCCAUGUCCCGUGUCACUUUCUGGAGUCUACCGUGGCGCUCCUGCUAAGUGUUGAGUCAGAUUUGCGGAUGUUGAUUUUGGGAGGACCCACGGGUGAAGGGCGUGUCACUUUCAUGAGGUAUAGUGUUGGGCUCCUUCUCAGUGUUGUGUUCGGAACUAUGCUGUUGCGUUCCUUCAAGGUGUUGAGUUUCAGGGUCCCAUGUUGAUUUUUGGGAGUUAUAGUGUUGAGUUUCAGGGUCCCUUUUAGACUGGAAAAGUCUUCUGCCAUAAUCGUCAGAUUUACCUAAAUGAUGUAAAAAAUGGUUUGGAAAACUCUAAAACAUUAAAUAAAGAUCACAUAACAUUAAUUAAUAAAAAAUGAUAUAAUACACAAACAUUAAGUAAGAAUUAUAGAAAGUUGAGGCACCAGUUUGUAUGCAGGAUUCUUCCUCCUAAGAUGUGGAAAGCUAAUUAGUUUUAAACCAUAAUCCACCUCAAUAUAUAUGAAUUAAAGUGCAUAGAUGUGGCAACAACGUUGAAGAUAAACAUCUAUUUGUACAGCAAACGCAGGCUUCCCAAAGCGGCAUGGUCAGUUCGAGCUCGCCCUGGGGAUGCCGCCGCUCUGCCCAUCGCAGACGCCGUGGAGCAUCGACGGCGACGUCGCAGGACAUGAGGUCGCCUACCAGCUGGUGACCCGAAACACCCAGGCGGCCCGCCGCCACGUCGAGAUAACGGCCCUGACGGUGCCGACAUUUUGGGGCAGCGGGCAUUGCCCGGAGCCGCUCGUCAUCCUAAGAAAGGGCAGCACGGUGGCCUGCUAGUACGUGACGGGAUCUGGCAGCGCAGGGAACGGAGGGACAGACGGCAAGAGCAUGCACCACAUCGACGUGAACAUGGAGUGAGCGAGCCAACGGAGAAAUGGCGAUGGGAAUGGAGGUGCAGCUGGUGGGAGCAGUUGGCACGCCGAUGACCGGACGAAGCAAGUGAGGCAAGGGAUGGACGUCGCACUUCAAUACGUGCCUGGCGGCACCGACAUUCCGAUGCAGCGGCUACCCCCGGAGCCACUCGUCGUCCAUGAAAAGGGCGACGAACUGGCCUGGCAAGAUCUGGCGGCGCGGGGAUCGAAUGGACGGACGACAAGAGCGAGCGAAGAAGUCCUGGCGGCUUGGUGAGAAAAUGGUGGCGCUGGGGGCGAUGGGAACGGAGGUGCGGAUGGUGGCAGCAGUGGAGUGAGCGAGCGUGGCCUGGUUUCUUCUUGAGGAAAUGGCAUUGCAGAGGCGAUGGGAAUGGAGAUGCGAAUGGGGGGAGGAGUUGCCGUGCCGACGGCCGACCGCGAUUUUUUUGGGAAGAAUCGUGAGAAGGGAUAACACACAGAGAGAAAAAUGAGUGUUACCUUCGCGUUACAGGAAUGAAGCGACGGCGACGUCGAGACUGAUUGUCGUCGUCCGCGGCCAUGGGGCGGAGCACCUUCCGGAGAAGUCGAGACUUAUACGAUUAAAAAAGGUAGGCGAAGAGUCGGCGCAGCAUUUCACACGCAGUAGUGACUGACACCUGGAUGGUUGGAUUAGUGGCACGGACAAACGAUCUUACGGCUACGGAAAUUUGGACGAUGUGUCCACCUUCGUUUGCGAGCAGCGGACCCUGGUUUGAUAUAUUAAAAAAAGGCAGCCGAAGAGUCGGCGCAGCAUUUCACACGCAGUAGUGAGUGACACCUGGAUGGUUGGAUUAGUGGCACGGACAAACGAUCUUACGGCUACGGAAAUUUGGACGACGUGUCCACCCUCGUUUGCGAGUAGCGGACCCUGGUUUAAUAUAUAGAAAUAGUGUUGAGUUCUCAACACUGUAUACUCCUGAAAGUGACACGGGCCCAUGGAAUGUGACACUAUCGUUCAGAACUCAUGAAAGUGACACGUUGUUCGGUGUGAAAGUGUUGAUUUAGGGUUUAGUGUAACCGCCCGUUCGGUGUGGAAGUGUUCAAAUUUCUCUACGCGCGUUCGGUAGCCUCACCGACGGCGACGGCGACCUCACCUCACCGACGGCGACGGCCUCGGCGACGGCGACAACGAUCCCCAAUUCUCUUCGCGACCUGACCGUCUCCACUUCGGUAAACCCACCUUCCCUUCUCUCCUCGUUCCUUGUCAGGGAACCGCCUCACCGAUUCUGAUGUCGAAGGUAACCUGGUGCCGAUCCGCAGGGGUGAAGAAGAAAGCCAACAUGCCACAGGGGAAGAGUAAGAAGAACGUGGUGAAGGAGAAAGCCAAAAAGAUUAAGAAGAACGCGGAAUCGAGGUAUUCACUAGGAUCAGUAACAAAGUUAAUCCAACUCCUUCCACCUGCUGCCCGUUAGAAAAUUGUAGACCUUGAUUUCCAAAACUUACUCAAUCUGAAGUUAGGAAACACCAAUAGAGUUUUUACCCACUUUCUCAUGGAUAGAGCCAAAGUUCAUGAAAAUACAGAUCAAAUUGAGAUCAACAUUAGAGAAGGUGUUUCAAUUUGGAUAACAAAGGCUGCAGUGCAAAAAUGUUUUGAGUUUCCCCCUGGUACAGAUAAGAAGCUGCCAAUAGAUCCAACUACAAAAACAUUUGAUUCACUCUACAGAGUAUUGAGUGUUUCAGAAAAAAAAAUCAAUGUAAAGAAGAAGAAGAUGAAGGAGAAUAUGAAGGAGAAGCAGGUUGAGGAGGAGAAGAUUGAGAUGAACAUGGAGGAGAAGAAGCAGAAUCUGGUUGAGGAUGAAGGUAGUCAACAGGAGGAAAGUGAAGAGGAGGACGGUGAAGAUGGGGAAAUUGGAGAGGAGGAAGGUGAAGAUGGGGCAAUUGGAGAUGCUAAAGUGGGGGGAGAUGGAGACAAGGAAAGUGCUAAAAGGGGGGGGAUAAAGGUUGCUGUCAGAAGAAAUGUUUUGACUCCUUUGAACAUCAAUUUGAUGUUACAGAACAUCAACAACGAUGAGAUUCUCAAACUUCUUGUUAAAAGAAAUGAAGACACUGAUGGUACAGAACCGAAUCUUGACAUUGACCUGAUUGUCAGAUGUUUCUUUGCGGUGGUGUUGGACAGACUGUUGUUGCCACAAGCCACCUUUUAUCUGAGCUCAGCUACAUUGAAAGCAGUGACUGAUCUAGACAGACUGAAAACAGUUGACUGGUCAAUUUUAUUUUCGAAAAUUUGAAGAGCAGUGUUGCUGAGUUUGGCAAGGAUAAGAAGAAACUGAUAUCAGGGUGUACAACUGUGCUAAUGGUUGUUUUCUUGGACCAUCUCGUGGAAAACCCUUUGGAUCCUUUGACCAUCCCUAGGAUCAACUUGUAUACUUCAGAUUUUAUCGCAGACCUGAUAAUGGUACCCAAGGAUAGCCCUGGCCCUGAAAAAAAGCGUCGUAAGACUCAAGAUGAAAAAGAAGACUAGUAAUGUUAUAAAGAAUCUCGCUACUCUCAAUUUUAAGAAUUCGGAGGAUACAUGCUAUCAUGAAGAUUCAGAAAUGGUGCCAAGUCCAGGGAGAGCAUCGCCGGUUGUUGCUUCUGUACAAUCUCAUAAGAACUUUGUUGAUCAUGCAGAUUUAGAAAUUGUGCCAUCUCAUGAGAACUCUGUUGAUCUACAUAGUGUUUACAUGGCACAUGUAUUGGAAAGAAGCAGACAAAGCAUAGUAGUGGACAUAUUGGACUACAAUAUACCUGAAUCUACUUUUGCAGAUUGUUUGCUACCUACAGGUCAUAUGCACACAGAUGUAUUUUAUUUACAAUGCCAACUGUUGUCAAAGGAUUGGAAGGAUAAAGUAAUUCUUAGCUGGAAAGCUACUCAAGAACUGAUUCAUCAAGAUAUUGGAGUUAAGGAGCUGGACAAGGAACUUACUGCAGAGGUUAUGAACAAAGUGGAUCUGAUAUUUAUUCCUAUCAUUCAUGCCGGUCACUGGUCCCUUGUUAUUCUUUCCACUGCCAAACAAGAGACAUAUAUCCUUGACUCCUACCCAAGGCACAGUGGGGUGGCCAAGGAUGUUUUAACUCAACUGCAGAAGUAUUUGGAUAAUAAACACAACUUUGACAUGUCUAACUACACUGACCAUGUGCCACCUGUUCAGCAUCAAAAAAACAAUUACGAUUGUGGCUUUCAUGUUUUAUUGUAUAUUGAAGAAUUCAUGAAGGAGAAGAUGUAUAAAAUCAACAAAAAAAUGGUGUUGAAAUUCAGAAAGCAGCUUUGCAUGAAUCUCUUGUACCAUCCUUUGAACAGAAUAAAUCUUGUGGAAUUCAGAAAGAAGCUGGGUAUUACAUUGAAAAGAAAACUUCCUGGUAUACUUGAUCUUACUAUUGAAGGUGAGAGGAGUGAAUCUGAGGCUGCAGUGAUAAUUGAAAUAGAGAACAGAGAUGAUAAGACUCUAGAGGAUGAACAUAUUUCAGUUGAGAAAGAGUAAGGUAAAAAAGAAGAGCAUGUACUAUCAACUGACACAAAGAAUGACGAAGCUUCAUCCCCAUCUGACGAAGAGCCUGAGCAGAGUGAGUCAUCUGAGCAGACUGUGUAUGAAAGAUGGAUGAUUCCAAAGGAUCAUUAUCACCUGAGAAAGAGCAAGCUGGAGAAAAAUAUCCUCAAACGAAAAAAGAGGUUGGGCAAAGACAACAUGUCCUCUCAGGAUAUGAUUUCUCCAGUGUUUGGCAAGAGGCUUGUGCCUGCAAACACACAUUUUACCUCUCUUAGGAAGUUGCGAAAACACAAGUUUACGUCUGAUAAGAUCAACGAUGAGAUCUGCAAACAUAUCUUGAACUACAAUGAACGGGAGUUGUUAAGUGUGGGGCAGACUACCAUGACUGGGGGUCAGCUGGAAAAGUACGUAAAUGAAGGUGACAAUGGUGAUAAAAUACUCAGAGCAUUCAUCACAUGCUUCACUUGUGAUGAAAAGUUCAAUCAAGGGAACAUCACAACCGUCAUCCCGCCACAUGAAGUAUCCGAAGAGGGUGAACUCUCCAAAGUUGAUGCUGCACAACUUGUAGAAGAAAUCAAAGCUGUACUCAAAGGCACCAAUGUUGCACGUGUACGCAAAGACACCGAAUCCACCAAAGAUCCCAAAGUGAAAGUCUUUCGAAACAUGAGGAGGACAUUUAUAUUUUUUCCUUUCUACAAGAAUGAAGAAUUGUUUGUAUUUCAUGUCGAUACGAAAAGACUACCCAUCAUUGAUGCUCUGUUUUGCAAGAUGUCAUCAUUGUCGUUUGAAGAUAGAUCCUGACUAGGAAAGUCUAUCAUGGGCUGUCUACUCAAAGCCAUGAAGGAUUCCGGCUUCAUGGUGAAAAAAUAUGGUGAUUGUAGGUUCACAGUUACUGUAACUGAACUCGAAUUCAAAGAUAGUGCCUCAGCGCUCAUAAGUUUUAUUGAGAACUUCACUUCUAAGUUGGACGACAAUGCCAAGAAACUGAAAAAGGGUGACAAGGACUGGCUGGAACCUUACAAGAAGUCGACAGUGGCAUACCUUGUUUGUCACACUGAAAAUAAGGUGGUGUUGCCUGACGAUAUUGUGAAGUACAAGCAAAACAAGUGAGGUGGUUGAGUCGUUAAUGGGUCCAGUGGCUGUGUUUUAAGACUUGUAUCACACUACUUGUAUGGCUUUAUUCUCUGAAGCUGUUCCAUUGUUGCCGUUAGUAACAGGUGUUGCUUUUGUCUCUGCUCAGUGGGUGAUUCAUUUCAUCCAGAGUUGCUGCAACUUUAAUCAGUCUAUAGUGUUGGGUUCCUAGCUCAGUGUUGAGUUCUAAAUGAUCGUGUUGUGUUCCUACCAAGUGUUGAGCUGCACGACGGCGUGCGCAGCCGCAGCCGCACCGGCGAGGAGCGUUUAGAACUCUGUUGAUCUACAUAGUGUUUACA